AGAAGGGACUUGGAAGGAAUUAUAGAGGAAAGAGAGGAUAAAAAGGGUAAAGAAAAAGUAGAACGCAGCCACGUAACUCGAGAAACGGAUCUGACUCUCUCCCGCCUCCUCCGUUCUUCGAUUUAUCUGAAUUGAUUCAAAUACAAAGGGAUCGAGAAUGGAAGAUCGGGGAUCUGCACCCACAAAGCCUUUGGUUUUCGCUUAUUAUGUCACCGGCCAUGGAUUUGGCCACGCCACUCGGGUUGUCGAGGUUGCUCGUAACCUCAUUUUAGCUGGGCAUACAGUUCACCUGGUUACUGGUGCUCCUGACUAUGUUUUCACCACUGAAAUACAAUCACCUAGACUCUUCAUCCGCAAGGUGCUAUUGGACUGUGGAGCUGUUCAAAUAGAUGCUUUGACUGUUGAUCGUGUUGCUUCCUUGGAAAAGUAUUCGAAGGCGGUUGUGGUACCCCGGGCUUCCAUUCUGUCAACAGAAGUUGAGUGGCUGAAAUCCAUUAAGGCUGACUUAGUGGUUUCAGAUGUUGUUCCUAUUGCUUGCCGAGCAGCAGCAGAUGCUGGGAUUCGAGUUGUAUGCAUCAGCAAUUUCAGCUGGGACUUCAUAUAUUCAGAAUAUGUGAUGGCUGCUGGGCAUAAUGACCGCUCAAUUAUUUGGCAGAUAGCUGAGGAUUAUUCUCAUUGCGAGUUUGUAAUUCGUCUUCCAGGUUUCUGCCCAAUGCCAGCUUUUCGUGAUGUUAUAGAUGUGCCACUUGUUGUGAGGAGAUUACACAAAACUAGGGAAGAGGUGAGAGAAGAGCUUGGUGUGGAUAAUGUGAAGGUUCUUCUCUUCAAUUUUGGUGGUCAGGUAGCUGGAUGGGAGCUAAAGGAGGAAUAUCUACCUUCUGGUUGGGUGUGCUUGGUAUGUGGGGCAUCGGAUAGGCAGGAGCUUCCUUCAAAUUUUAGAAAGCUCCCCAAAGAUGUUUACACCCCUGAUCUGAUUGCGGCCUCCGACUGCAUGCUUGGAAAAAUUGGAUAUGGUGCAGUUAGUGAAGCUCUGGCAUAUAAGUUGCCAUUUGUCUUUGUACGAAGAGAUCAUUUUAAUGAAGAGCCAUUUCUGAGGAAUAUGCUAGAGUAUUUCCAAGGUGGAGUUGAGAUGGUCAGGAGGGAUUUUCUUACUGGCCAAUGGAGUCCUUAUCUAAAGCGUGCUGUUAGUUUGAAACCAUGCUAUGAGGGAGGUUUUAACGGUGGUGAGGUUGCUGCUCACAUUCUUCAGGAUACUGCUACUGGGAAAAGUUGUGCUUCAAAUAAGCUUAGUGGAGCAAGGCGAUUGCGGGAUGCAAUUGUUCUGGGGUAUCAACUACAGAGAAUUUCUAGCAGAGAGAUAUCUGUUCCAGACUGGUACAUUCAAGCGCAAUAUGAACUCGAUUUUCAUGCUGCAUUGCCAGUGGAAAACAUCAGAAAACAGCCCCCUGCAGAAGUAUACACUGAGGGCUUUGAAAUUCUUCAUGGAGAUCAUCAUGGUCUUCCAGAUACAUUGAAUUUCUUAAAGAGCUUGGCAGGACUAAGUGCUCCUAGCUAUUCUGAUAAUAACAAUAAGCAGCAUCGGGAGUUUAUGGCUGCAGCUGCAAUGCUUAACUGGGAGGAGGAAAUUUUCGUAGCAAGGGCACCAGGGAGGUUAGAUGUAAUGGGAGGAAUUGCAGACUACUCAGGAAGUCUUGUUUUACAGAUGCCUAUUAGAGAAGGAUGCCAUGUAGCCGUUCAGAGAAAUCAUCCAAGCAAGCAGAAGUUGUGGAAACACACCGGUGCUAGACAGCACACCAAAGGAAAAGGACCCGCCGCUGUUAUUGAAAUUGUAUCAUUUGGAUCAGAACUAAGUAAUCGUGCACCGACGUUUGACAUGGAUUUAUCUGACUUCAUGAAUGGCAAACAGCCUAUUUCCUAUAAGAAGGCAUACCAAUAUUUUUCCAAAGACCCAUCCCAAAAGUGGGCAGCAUAUGUUGCUGGGACUAUCUUGGUAUUGAUGACAGAGCUGGGUGCUCGUUUUGAGGACAGCAUGAGUAUACUGGUUACAUCUGCAGUCCCAGAAGGUAAAGGGGUAUCUUCAUCUGCUGCAAUAGAAGUUGCCACCAUGUCUGCUAUUGCUGCUGCCUAUGGGUUGAAGAUUGCACCGAAAGAUAUUGCUUUGCUUUGCCAAAAGGUGGAGAAUCAUAUUGUUGGAGCUCCUUGUGGACUGAUGGAUCAGAUGGCUUCAGCAUGUGGUGAAGCAAAUAAACUUCUUGUAAUGGUAUGCCAGCCAGAUAAGGUACUAGGGCAUGUGGAAAUCCCUUCCCAUUUGCGAUUUUGGGGUGUUGACUCAGGAAUCAAGCACAGCGUUGGUGGUGCAGAUUAUGGAUCUGUAAGAGUAGGUGCCUUUAUGGGUAGGAAGAUAAUAAAGUCCAUGGCCUCUGAACUAUUGCUAAGCUCAUACUCAAACAUCGACUCUUCCUUCAAUGUUAGAGGAAUAAAAUCUGAUGAAACGGCAAAGAAUGGAAAGGAACUACUUCAAAGUGAGGCUUCAUUAGAUUACUUGUGCAAACUCUCACCUUAUAGAUAUGGAGCUCUUUACGUAAAUGAGCUUCCAGAUUCUAUUACUGGUGAGGAAUUUCUAAAGAAGUAUGUUGAUCAUGAAGACUCAGUCACGAUAGUUGACAAAAAGCGCAAGUAUCCUGUGAGACCAUCCACCACGCAUCCUAUUUAUGAAAAUUUCCGUGUAAAGGCUUUCAAGGCUUUGUUAACUGCAACCAAUUCCGAUGACCAGCUCUUUUCUCUUGGAGAACUCAUGUAUCAGUGUCAUUCCAGCUAUAGUGCUUGUGGACUUGGUUCAGACGGGACCGACAAGUUGGUUGGUCUGGUACAAGAAAUGCAGCAUAGUAAAGCAGCCAAAUCCAACAACGGGACUUUAUUUGGGGCAAAGAUUACCGGUGGUGGUUCUGGUGGAACCGUUUGUGUUGUUGGAAGGAACUGUCUGGCAAGCAGUGAACAAAUUCUUGAGAUUAAACAGAGAUACAAAGAUGCCACCAGCCAUUUGCCAUAUGUUUUUGAGGGUUCUUCACCAGGAGCUGGGAAGUUUGGAUAUCUGAAAAUUCGCAUCCCCUCUCACUCCAAGUCAGUUUAACUUCACUCUCAGAACAAAUAUUGCCAGGCCGAUAUCGAUCCUGACAGGGAAAAAAAAAACUGAUAUUUCUCUUCAUGCUAUCUAAAUUCAAGUUUCUUUAGAACAUUCUUUGGCAUUAAAUUGUUCAAUGGAGCAGUAAAGUUGAUCAUAGUUGUCAUUUAAGCUGUUUAAUUCUGUUAAGAGGGAAUUGUACAGGUAGACCUAGGCCCAGUUGGAUUUGGGCUGAGCCAGCCCAACAUUGAAAUUGGAAAUGUGGGCUCUCUUCUUUAGCCCAAAAGGUUAUGAUUUUUAUCUUCUACUCUA